AUGAAUAAUGACAAAGAAAGAUUCAUCUCAUUCACUGAAAGAGAAGGAUUUGAUAACGAUCAAAAUCUGAAAAGCAGUUUAUAUCCACAAUCUCAAUAUGUAUAUUCAUUACUUGAAUUAUGUUGUUACCAUGGAGCAGUUGAUUGUUUCAAGUUCUUAAGAACGAAAUUAGAUUCAGAAAUCACUCAAGAAUGUUUAGAAUUAUCAUUUUUAGGCCGAAAUCCAGAGAUCAUGAGUGAAUGUUUGAAAUAUAAAGAACCCUAUGGUCAAUGCAUGAGAUAUGCAAUUAUUUCACACAACAUUGAUUUUGUUACAUUUUUUAUGAAUGAAUACAAUUUAGAGAUCAAUUUAGAAUUUUGUGAAUUUUACAAAAAUCUUGAAUCCUUCGCAAUUGGGUUGGCACAAACAAUAUAA